CGGCAACCAAGCUAGUAUCACACCUAGCUACAUAGUUCUCUUCCAUGCAGCACUUUCUCUCUCACACAUCUCCGUUAGUUUCCUCAAUGAAAAGCUGCUGACAAUCAGCGGCUCAUAAUUCAAGAAACUGUAGGAAGACGACUUGACAUUAGCACAAGCAGCAAAAUCUAGCCAUGGCCAAAAGCCAAUUGGAAGUGCUAAGUGCACUCGAUAAUGCGAAAACCCAAUUGUACCAUUUCACUGCAAUCGUAAUUGCUGGUAUGGGCUUCUUCACUGAUGCCUAUGAUCUCUUCUGCAUUUCCGUCGUCACAAAGUUACUCGGCCGAAUCUACUACCCCCCGAACGCGGCCCACGUGGCCAAGCCCGGUAUUUUACCGGCCUCUGUUUCAUCCGCUGUUACCGGUGUUGCCCUUGUUGGCACCCUUUGCGGCCAACUCUUCUUCGGUUGGCUCGGUGACAAACUGGGCCGCAAAAAGGUGUACGGCCUAACCCUGCUUCUCAUGAUCUUCUGCUCUCUUGCUUCUGGUCUUUCUUUCGGUCAUCAUGCAAGGGGUACAAUGGCCACUCUCUGUUUCUUCCGAUUUUGGCUUGGGUUUGGCAUUGGAGGCGAUUACCCACUUUCUGCCACCAUCAUGUCCGAAUACGCAAACAAGAAGACUCGGGGAUCGUUUAUAGCUGCCGUAUUCGCAAUGCAAGGGUUCGGAAUAUUAACCGGUGGAAUUGUUGGUCUUGUAGUCUCGGCCGCAUUCGAACAUGGGAUCACAGUUUAUCCAUAUAAUAAAAACGCCGAAUUAUCCCUGCCGCCCCGGGCCGACUACGUUUGGCGCAUUAUACUAAUGUUUGGGGCCGUUCCAGCUGCAAUGACUUACUACUGGCGUAUGAAGAUGCCCGAGACUGCCCGUUACACUGCUCUUAUUGCUAAAAAUGCCAAAAAAGCAGCCGAGGACAUGGCUCAGGUGUUAAACGUGGAAUUUGACCCCGAAGAGGCCAAGCUAGAGAAAUUCGUCGAAGAACCCUCCAAUCAAUAUGGAUUGUUUUCGAAAGAAUUUCUUCAUCGCCACGGGCUUCACUUACUUGGGACCGCGACUUGUUGGUUCUUACUCGAUAUCGCCUUCUACAGCCAAAAUCUAUUCCAGAAAAACAUAUUCACAGCAAUCGGUUGGCUCCCUCCGGCUGCCAAUAUGAGUGGGAUUCAAGAGGUUUAUAAAGUCUCAAGAGCCCAAACCCUAAUUGCCCUAUGCGGUACCGUGCCGGGGUACUGGUUUACAGUGCUUUUCAUCGAUAAAAUCGGAAGAUGGGUCAUUCAACUGCAGGGUUUCUUCUUCAUGACCGUGUUCAUGUUCGCACUCGGGAUACCUUUCAAUCACUGGGUGAAACAUAAUGUUCCAUUCAUCAUAAUGUACUCCCUCACGUUUUUCUUUGCCAACUUCGGGCCAAAUGCCACAACAUUUGUACUGCCGGCAGAGAUCUUCCCGGCCCGACUUAGGUCCACUUGUCACGGAAUAUCGGCUGCAGCAGGAAAAGCGGGGGCCAUAGUUGGGGCGUUUGGGUUUUUGUACGCAUCCGAGUCCGAUCAUGUCAAACUGGACGAUCCAGGGUACAACAAGGGUAUCGGUGUGAAGUACUCACUCAUUGUGCUCGGUUUUGUGUCUCUCUUCGGAAUGAUGUUUACUUUCCUCGUCCCAGAGCCCAACGGGAAAUCGCUCGAGGAGCUUUCAGGUGAGAAUGAGGAUGAUUCAAUUGAUGCAGUUGAGGAGUCCCCGCCGGACAAACAGGGCGCUUUUUUCCGGACCGCGCCUGUUUAAUUCGGGUGAGGCAAUGUGGGCCUUUAUAUCAAGCUAUCUAGAAGUGAAGUGAUUGGUCUUUGUGUGUGUUUCAAUAAUGUAGAUAUUUCUCGAUUCCACCACUAUAUAUCUCUAGUUCGAAAGCAAUUACAGAAUUUACUGUUCGAUAGUUUGAUGUUGCAACUCUCUGAGACAAAUUGUGUUUUAUAGCUGCUUUGUUAUAUGUUCCUUCCGUCUUUUAAUUUUCCGGUUGUAAUUUCAUAGCUCCAAAUGCAAGGGAGUUUGAAAGCUUUUGUGAUUUUGAAUGGAGAUUAUGUUAGUGGUA